GAUGACGUAGUGAAUGCAUCAGAGCUUGCCACAUCUGUGGCCGUGCAGAAGGCUGCGACGGUGACUGCCGGGGACAAGAAGGCGGAGGACCGCAAGGCUAAGCGCAGAGCGCAGGUGGCUAUCAGUGCACGACGCCACCGUUCCCGCAAGAAAGUAAGUGCUUGCGCCUGUGUAUUGGACGGUACAGAAGAUCGAAUGGAGAGAGCUAAUUUGUUGUGCUACCUGCUGCUUGUAGAACGAGAUGAUCAACUUGAAGAAGGAGGCGAGCUACCUGAACUACCAGCUGGACUUCCUGCGCUCCAAGCACAAGCUGAUGCGUGCCGAUGGAGCCGUGGCCGAGUGGGAGGAGAAGGCCAUCGCCCAGCGCCACAAGCGCCGCCAGGCCGAGGAACUCAACAUGCAGCUGCGCUACGCGCUAUUUCAGCAGAGUGGCUAUCUCAACAACUUCAAGGCGAUGUUCUCACUUGGCCUGCCGUCACACAGCAUGGAGCUCAACAUGCGGCGCUUCCUGCACACUUACACUCACCUGCGGAAAGAUCCGCAGUCUCGUACGCGCGACUUGGUGUCCGUCUGCACGGAUGCCAAGCUGGAGCUGGGCAUGCAGACGGUUCUGCGUGAGACUGAGGGCAUUCCAGUUCUGCGUCCGCACAUCAGCACGCGACAGAUCAGCACGAGUUCAACGGAGUUCGGCGCGUCCACUGUGGCAGUGUACGCUUUCGACACGAUGAACACGGUGCAGAUCUUCCUUGCUGCGUGUGGGGCCAUUCUGGGAUGCGGCAGUGCGUGGCCCAACUACACGCAGCUGGACUCGUACGGAAAGGUUGUGGACUCGCCUUCCGACAGUAUUCGCUAUGGCGUUUCAGGGUGCCGCUACCGCAGCGAAGACGGCCAGGACGAAGUGGCUGUCGAGAGCCGUGGACUGUCAUAUUACAAGAUCAUGGAUCGAUGCGCAGUGUUGGUGUGGGACUACGCUGACGACGACGACCUGUACCUGAUGAACAAGAAUACGCUGGUCAAGCGCGACGUCAUCGGAACGUAAGUUUGUCGCCAUCUAUUCUGCCUUCAUUACUACUGUGGAUGGCGCUAACAUGCUUGUCUGCUGUGUUUCACAGUGUGGUGGUCCGGCCCGAGGUUUGUGAAGACGGCGUUGAGCGCGUCGUGUGCCGCAGCAUUUGCACCAAGGUGCACUCGGCGAGCAUGACUCAACUGUCUCCGGACAUCCGCCGGUUCUCCAAGUCGAAGAAGAUGGGCGCGCAGAUCUGUGGCUCGAUGGUCUACCAGACCAUCGUCGGCCACUGCCCGGAUGCCCGACCAAUUGCCGCAUAAAGAAGUCCGACAUGCGUCCUCGUCUUUGGUUGAAUAUUUAGUCCAGCUUACAGUAGGGUUGUUGACAAAGGAUAACGGAAUGAAAAGCUGAAGUUGCACUUCUGUAGUAAAAGCUGAAGUCUAGUUUAACUGGACCAAGCGGAUCACAAGUCGCUCGGGAUCGUCACCAUGACCUUGACCACGCUGCCGAUUGGCAGACCCACGGCACUCGUGAACGUGGCCGAACUGACCUCGUGGAAUAGGGGACCACAGUUUUUGUGAGUCAAUAGUACCAAGUCAAAGCACCCUUGGCACUUUGCCAGACACGAAUGCACUCAACUCGACGAACGCUCCUAUGAGCCUCCCCGCUGGCUACGUGAACCCCUCGGCCGAUGCCGGUACGCCUCGUGCGCUCUAUAGUGCACCGUAAGCAGCCAGCAGCCCUCUAACGUGCCGUCGUUUGAUUGAUUCGCUAGACGCAUCCGCACCCGCCCUCGAGCCUCUAAUUGGAGAGGCCACAGACAACCAAGCACGAGAUUUAGCGGCGGCCAAAUGGACGAUGCCGAUCUGAGUUUCUUGUCUGAGCUGCUGUCUCCUGACCCGAACGCUCUCAGUGUCAUCCCCGUGGUGAGCGCUGCGCCCUCUCCGUCAUCUUCGAUCCACAGCGUCGACAGCAGUAACAGCGCCGACAGCGCGCAGUCCCCUGACGAGUUCGACGGCACGCGAGACGCGCAGCGGAAGCGGAAGGUAGUAUCCUCCCCAGAGUCUGAGGACGCUCAGGUGGGCGACCGAGACGAGAGACGCCGAUUACUCAGUGCUAAGAACGCACGCACGUAUCGCUCUCGAAAGAAGACCGAGCUGGUGACAUUGAGGGAGCAAGUGCAUCGUUUCGAGGAGCAGCUGAAGGCGCUGCGUCUAAGGCACAACGCAUUGAGAGCUGAUGGCGCCGUGGCGUGUUGGGAAGAGAAGGCUAUUGCUCAGCGUUUUAAGCGUCGUCAAGCGGAGGAGAUCAAUGAGCAGUUGCAGCAGGCACUGUUUGCCCACAGUGGAUUCGUGAAAAUCUCAAGUCGAUCUUUACCGAGUCAGCACCUCCAAGCGCGGCGCUCAACAUGCGGCACUUUCUUCACAAGUACACGCACUUGCGGAAAGACCCCCAACUUCGUGCGCGUGACCUGGAAGCUGUCGGAACGGCCGCAAAGAUAGAUCGAGCGAUGCAAUUUGUGCUGCGUGAGACCUCGACGAUCCCAGCAUCAACAUCUCCGGAGAUUUUGUUCCAAGAGCUCAACCUCGGUGCUGAGGGCCUCGGCAAGACGAGCACGGCGGUGUAUGCGUUCAACACGAGGAAUGCAAGCAACGCGUUCG